GAACUUAUACAUGGAGCUCCAAUUGGAGCACCAGUUGCAUCUCGUGCACAUGUAACUGCCAUUUAUUGUGAAAAUGAAACCACAGAAAUUCACUUUACACGAAUUGUGGCUGGCUCAUCAUCAGAGUACAGAAUUGAUGGAAAGCCUGUAAGCCAUAAUGAUUAUACAAGUCGUUUAGAAAGUCUUGGAAUAAAUGUAAAAGCAAAGAACUUUCUGGUAUUUCAAGGGGCAGUUGAAUCAAUUGCUAUGAAGAGUCCUAAAGAAAGAACAGCUCUUUUUGAGGAAAUUUCUCACUCAAUUGAACAUAAAGAAGAGUAUGAGCGUUUAAAAACUGAAAUGAUGAAAGCUGAAGAAGAUACCCAAUUUACAUAUCAAAAGAAAAAGGGUAUAGCUGCUGAGAAAAAAGAAGCCCGUUUAGAAAAAGAAGAAGCUGAAAAAUAUCAGCGUUUGAAAGAAGAUUUGGCUACAAAACAAGUGCAUUAUUAUCUUUUCAAACUUUAUCAUAAUGAACAAGACAUUGAAAACAUGACUGAAGAACUGGCAGAAAAAAAUAAAGAAUUAGAAAAGGUCUGUCGCAAAAGGGAAAAAAUUGAGGAAGAAAUCAAAGAUAAGAAGAAGGAGCAUGGGAAAAUGCAAAGGGAAUUUUCUAAAAUAGAACAACAGAUUCGAGAAGCGGAAGUUGAACUGAAUAAAAAAAGGCCAACUUAUAUAAAAGCAAAAGAAAGAACAACGCACAUGCAGAAAAAAUUGGAAACUGCUAGGAAAUCUUUAAAAGCUGCUAAAAAAGUGAAUGAAGCGCACGAAACAGAAAUAAAAAGUUUGGAAGAUGAGUUGGCUGAAGUUGAAAAAGCACAACAAGAUUUCGAAGAACAACUUGCUGAAGAAUCCAAGUCAGAAGGUCGAGAUCUGACCCUUCAAGAUUCUCAAGUUGAAGAAUACAAUCGUCUUAAAGAAGAGGCUGGGAAACUCUCAUCUCGUUAUUUGCAAGAAUUAGAUUCUGUAAAUCGAGAACAAAAGUCAGAUCAAGACCGGUGUGAUAAUGAAGGUCGUAAAAAAGCAGAAGUUGAAUCAAAAAUUAAGCAGAAGAGAGCUGAACUUGAGGAGAAUGUUCGAAGGCUUGAGAAGCUUACUGAAUACAUAAGAACAAGCGAAACUGGCUUAGCUGAAUUACGAGGGCAGGAAAAAGAUAUUGGAGAAGAAGUUCAGGAAGCAAAAAAGAGAGUUGCUGAUAUUAAUGAGGAAUUAGAAUCUAUAUUGAAUGAGCUUGGUGAUGCAAAGGUUGAUAAACAUGAAGAUUCAAGAAGGCGAAAAAAGGCGGAAAUUGUUGACCAUUUUAAGCGACUCUUUCCUGGAGUAUAUGAUCGUUUAGUGAAUAUGUGCCAGCCUAUACAUAAGCGUUACAAUGUAGCAAUUACCAAAGUGCUAGGCAAAAAUAUGGAAGCAAUUGUUGUUGAUACUGAACGAACUGGCAGAUCAUGCAUUCAAUAUUUAAAGGAACAGAUGUUAGAAGCGGAAACAUUUUUACCCCUUGAUUAUAUUGAUGCAAAGCCUUUGAAAGAACGAUUAAGGAAUAUACAUCAGCCAAAAAAUGUGAAAUUGCUGUAUGAUGUUUUGCAAUAUGAUCCUCCAGCAAUUAAAAGAGCUGUACUGUAUGCAACUAAUAAUGCACUUGUGUGUGAAACUGCAGAGGAUGCAAACAAAGUAGCUUAUGAACUUGGUGACAAUAAACGAUAUGAUGCUGUUGCUUUGGAUGGUACAUAUUAUCAGAAAAAUGGAUUUAUAUCUGGUGGUAGUACUGAUCUGGCAAAAAGAGCCAGGCGAUGGGAUGAGAAAGCCCUGCACAAUCUCAAAUACAGAAAAGAGAAGCUAACUGAGGAAUUGAAAGAGAUGAUGAAAAAGACUAGAAAAGAAUCAGAUCUGACUACUAUUCAGUCUCAGAUCAGAGGUUUGGAAACUCGAUUGAAGUAUUCCAUUACUGACAAAGAAAAUACUGAAAAGAGGGUUAUUGCUGGAUUGGAGAGAGAGAUAGCUGCUUUAGAGAGAGAGUUGGACACAUUUGAACCUAAAAUAUCUGAUCUUGAGGAAAGAAUGAAAGAUCGAGAAAGCAGGAUUCAAGAUGUUAAAGAGUCUAUGAAUACCGUUGAGGAUAGAGUUUUUGCUGAUUUUUGUCGAUCUAUAGGAGUUGAAAAUAUCAGGCAGUACGAGGAAAGAGAGCUGAGAGCAACUCAAGAAAGAGACAAAAGACGGCUAGAGUUUGAAAAUCAAAAGAAUAGAAUUAUUAAUAGAUUGGAGUAUGAAAGAUCUAAAGACACACAUGAAAAUGUUAAAAAAUGGACAAAAACUGUGGAAGACGAUGAAAAAGAGCUUGAAAAAUUGAAAAAGGCUGAAACCACACAGAUGCAGCUUAUUGAUGAUGAAAUGCAAAAUUUAGAGCGAUUGAAAACUUCAAAAAUCAACAAAAAAACUGAUGUUGACAAACUGGAAGAAUCAACUUCAGAAAUUCGUAAACGAUUAGCUGCUGCUCAGAAAGAUAUUACAUCUGCUCAGAAACAAGUCACCGCUCUAGAAACUCGACUUGAACAGAAAAGAGCAGAUAGGCAUAGUUUGUUUCAAACUUGUAAGUUGGAAGAUAUUCGAAUUCCAAUGAUUGAAGGAUCAAUGGAUGAUAUUGACCAUACAACUUCCAGUCAGCAAGAUGAUAUGGAUAUAUCAGAUGUUUCUGGCAGCCAGAGCACUCAAAGGAUUUAUGAAAAAGAAGCAAAGAUAAAAAUAGAUUAUACCGAUCUUUCAGAUGAUUUACGAGAGUUGGACUCGAAUGAAGAUAUAAAGAAAGAAGGUGAUAGAUUAUUCAAAGAAAUAAAUGAUAUGCUAUCUCUUUUACGAAGAAUUCAAGCACCAAAUAUGAAGGCUAUGGAAAAGCUUGAUGGUGUAAAAGAAAGAUUGAAGGAAACUGAUACUGAAUUUGAAAAUGCUAGGAAAAGAGCUAAAAAGUCAAAACAGACAUUUGAAAAAGUGAAAAGGGAAAGAUAUGACAAAUUUAUGAAAUGUUUUGAUCAUGUAUCCAAUAGGAUUGAUGAAAUUUAUAAGGCUCUCACAAACAAUCAAAGUGCCCAGGCAUUUCUUGGUCCUGAAAACCCAGAAGAGCCAUAUUUGGAAGGUCUGAAUUAUAAUUGUGUAGCUCCAGGAAAAAGGUUCCAGCCUAUGAGUAAUCUUUCUGGUGGUGAGAAAACUGUUGCUGCUCUGGCUCUCCUGUUUGCGGUCCACAGUUAUCAGCCUGCUCCAUUCUUUGUGUUGGAUGAAAUUGAUGCUGCUCUGGACAACACAAAUAUUGGAAAGGUGGCUCGCUUUAUAAGAGAACAGACAGAAACAUCAUUUCAGUGUAUCGUAAUAUCUCUGAAAGAAGAAUUUUACGGUCAUGCAGACUCAUUAGUUGGUAUAGUUCCAGAUCCUGGAGAGUGUACUAUCAGUCGUGUCCUAACUUGGGAUCUGACCAAAUAUCCAGAGUGACGUGUUGAUACAAGGGAAGAGUGAUGUAUUUCUCAACAAAUUGUCCUCAACAUGCUGUAUUAUCCUUUUCGUGACCAAGCAAAAUAAGGAUAUAUAUUAUGCCUUAUAUUAUAAAUAUGAUAUUCUUGAAUGGUACAAGGAUGAAAUUGAUGUAAUUCCUUAAAAGUAUGAAGGAAUCUGGACUUCUCUAUUUCUUAUCAUAUUGUUAAAUAUUCAUUUCAUUAUUUUAGAUUUUAAGAUUUAUUUCAUGUUAGAGAUAUAUAUAUUGUACAAUGAAAUUUUGUUUUGCUUUUAAAAUAUUCAUUGUAUGUUGCAUUACUUCUGAUUCAUGGUAACAGACACUAAUUUUGUAUGAAAAUGCAAUUGAGGGUCAUAAGUUAUAAGCAUACAAAAUGUAACAGAAAUUGAACUUGCUAGUUUUUUACAGUACAAAAUUUCUUUAAUCUGUUAUCUUAUCAGGGUUGCCAUGCUACCUGGAAAACCGGAAAAAGUCAGGGAAUUCGGAAAUUGACCAAAAAAUUCAGGGAAAAGUCAGGAAAUUUAAGUGUUUUAGUCAAAAUCUGGAAAAGUCAGGGAAUUUCAUAUGGCAAU